UUCUUGGAUCGUAAACACUUAUCACACAGUGUCACAACAGUUCUCCAUAUUUUCAAUGAAGAUAAAAAUGAAACCAGAGACAGUGACAUUAGUGCUGGUCAAUUUGGCGGCUAUCAUGGAGAGAGCCGAUGAGUCAUUGCUGCCAGGAGUAUACAAAGAGGUUGGCGAAGCUCUGAACGCUGACCCCACUGCGUUAGGUUCACUCACUCUGUUCCGAUCCCUUGUUCAAUCCUUAUGUUACCCACUUGCUGCUUACCUCGCCACGCGUCACGAUCGUACCCAUGUCAUAGCUCUUGGUGCUUUUCUUUGGGCUGCUGCCACAUUCCUUGUUGCCAUCUCCUCCACCUUCUUACAGGUGGCAAUUUCAAGAGGUUUAAAUGGGAUUGGACUCGCAAUGGUUACUCCAGCAAUUCUGUCCCUAGUUGCUGACUCCACAAUUGAUAGCAACCGUGGAAUGGCUUUUGGGUGGCUGGCACUAACAGGACAAUUUGGGAGCAUCAUUGGUGGGCUUUUCUCUGUACUUAUAGCCUCAACAUCAUUUGCGGGUAUACCUGGUUGGAGAAUAGCUUUUCAUCUGGUUGCAUUGAUUAGUGUCAUAGUUGGUAUAUUGGUACGCCUCUUCGCUAAUGAUCCACACUUUUCAAAGAGUGAUGAAAGAGCUUCAUAUCAAAAUCCAAACAAGUCCUUUUAUUCUGAAAUGAAAGAUCUAAUGAAGGAAGCAAAGUCAGUUAUGAGAAUUCCAUCGUUUCAGAUAAUUGUGGCUCAGGGAGUCUCUGGAUCAUUUCCCUGGUCAGCCUUGUCAUUUACCACUCUUUGGUUAGAACUUAUAGGCUUCUCCCACGUGAAAACAGCACUGCUUUGGACCCUAUUUGUGCUUGCUACUUCAUUUGGGGCCCUGUUUGGAGGAUGGAUGGGGGAUAUUUUAUCCCAACGCUUACCCAACUCUGGGAGAAUAAUGUUGUCACAAAUAAGCUCAGGUUCAGCAGUUCCUCUAGCAGCCAUUUUGCUGUUGGCAUUGCCUGAUGAUCCAUCCACGGCCUUCAUGCAUGGUCUGGUUUUAUUUAUCAUGGGAUUGUGCAUAUCCUGGAAUGGUGCAGCAACUAACAAUCCAAUAUUUGCAGAGAUAGUCCCUGAGAAGUCCCGGACGGCUAUAUAUGCUUUGGAUCGAUCUUUUGAGUCUGUAUUGGCGUCCUUUGCUCCACCUAUUGUUGGAGUUUUGGCUCAACAUGUUUAUGGUUAUAAACCAGUUCCAAAAGGAUCCUCGGGUUCUGUUGAGAUUGAAACAGAUAGGGGAAAUGCUGCAUCACUUGCCAAGGCACUUUAUACUGCAAUUGGUAUUCCCAUAGCUAUCUGCUGCUUAAUCUACUCAUUCCUUUACUGCACAUACCCGAGGGACAGGGAGAGAGCACGAAUGGUUGCGUUAGUGGAAUCAGAAAUGCAGCAGCUAGACGUGGAAGGCUAUGGGAUGAAAGGUGAAGAAAGUAGCAAGAUUGACAUACAUUAUACAAGGGAAGAGAGCAUAGACUUGGAUGAUAAUGAUGAGAAAGUUUUGCUGUCCCAGUAGUUCACUUGGUCAUUUGAUCAAGUGCUACAAUUUUUGGAAAUUGUUACAGCUUUUUUUGUUCUGAUGCAAUUACACGAAUACGAGUGUAGUUUAUCUGUUACACAGACUACG